UAAAAGGUCAUAGGUUUGCUUCCGGUUAAGAGAAGAAGGAAGUUUAUACUCCCGCAAAGUGUUUUGUAGCCAGUUGAAUUCAUUAAGCCAAUACCGAUGAACGUUACACAUAGUUUUAGUCGUAACCACAUUGGUGGUAAAACAUCGCCCGGUGGAGGGAAAGGUUCUGUUGUUCACACGUAGAUGUCGACCGGAUUCGACACUUCCUCGACGAGAGUCCAUUUUCUCUCUUGUGCCUUUGUAGCUGGCGCCUCUUCAUUCCAUCCUGCCCAGCAUCCUAAGGGCCACCACACAUUCCAUCAUCGUAGCGCUCUCCUUCUGUUCAUCAGUGGUGGUAGGUCAUCCCGGCUCUUCACAACCAGCCAAACCCAAUGGUAUAGCCAACAAAGAGGUCUUAAAGCCACUGGGUCUGGAGAAUCAGUGUGCUGCCUUCCAGUACUGGGUCAACCAAAAUUCAGUGGAAAGUCUUCACCACCGAGCCUCAAGGUGUGCCAUGCCCGGAUCAGCAUCACCAGCCAGCAGCAAGGCCCGGGUGUACACCGAUGUUAACACGGGGAAGAACAGAGAGUACUGGGAUUAUGACACGCAUGUGUCAAAGUGGAGCAAUCAAGACAACUACCAGUUGGUGCGCAAAUUGGGUCGAGGGAAGUACAGUGAAGUUUUUGAGGCCAUUAACGUGAGCAGCAGUGAAAAAGUAGUGGUGAAAAUCCUCAAGCCUGUCAAGUGGAAGAAGAUUAAACGGGAAAUAAAGAUUCUUGAAAAUCUACGUGGGGGGACAAACAUCAUCCGCCUGAUUGACACAGUGAAAGACCCUGUGUCCAGAACACCAGCACUUGUCUUUGAGUGCAUUAAUAAUACAAAUUUUAAGGAGCUUUACCAGAGGCUGACAGACCAUGAUAUUCGUUACUACAUGUAUGAGCUUCUCAAGGCCCUGGACUACUGUCACAGUAUGGGAAUCAUGCACAGAGAUGUCAAGCCUCACAAUGUCAUGAUCGACCACCAGCUGAGAAAGCUGCGUCUUAUAGAUUGGGGUUUGGCAGAAUUUUACCAUCCUGCUCAGGAAUACAACGUCAGGGUGGCCUCUCGCUAUUUCAAAGGCCCGGAGUUGCUUGUGGAUUACAAGCAGAUGUAUGACUAUAGUUUGGACAUGUGGAGUCUCGGGUGUAUGUUGGCAAGCAUGAUCUUUUUGAAGGAGCCUUUUUUUCAUGGCCAGGACAAUUAUGAUCAGUUGGUUCGCAUUGCUAAAGUUCUUGGCACUGAUGAACUUUUUGGCUACCUAAACAAGUAUCGAAUAGAACUGGACAGUCGCUUCCAAGACCUACUGGGACAGCAAACGCGGAAGCGGUGGGAACAGUUCAUCCAGUCAGAGAAUCAACACCUGGUGAGCCCUGAGGCUCUGGACCUGCUGGACAAGCUCCUGCGUUAUGACCACCAGCAAAGACCAACAGCCUUGGAGGCCAUGAAGCACCCAUAUUUCUACCCUGUGGCAAAACAAUCCAAUACUAAUGCCAAUACAGUCAGCACAAAGGAAUUAAGCACCUCCAUUGUGUUAUGAUAAACAGCAGGCAGGAAGAUCUCAAAUCGCAGCGAUCUCUGUCUCCACACCAGCAGCCGUACGGAUGUCACUUUUGCAGCACUCACCGAUCUAUAUUUACUGCUUGGAGUUGAAGACCAAACCUUAAAGAUCAAGUGUGAAGUAAUUUCAGAAAAUGCCAAAUGAAAUCUCUUUACAGCACAAAGUAAUCAUUCAAAUAAUAAUAUCUGAAAAAAUAAUUUCAUAUAUUUGACAAAGUAAUUGUUUUCCUGAAGUGAGGUCCUGGCGAGGGACAAACGCUGAAGUGUGAUGUCAUUUGAAGAACAAUUUGGCAGAAGUCAACUUGGAAAAUGUAAAAAGCCAGUCAAAAAUCGAGUCAGAAAGCCAUAUUUUAAACUUUUUCAUUGCCUCAAAAUACUUUUGGUGUGUGUUCUCAUCAUACUUUUUAAACAUUGUGUUUAUUCUUGCGCAGGACAUCCAGCCUGCUUAUAUUUUUGGACUUUUUUUUUUCAGUUGUCAGGAUGACCCACCUGUUUGCGUAUAGUAAGUAUUUUCUUAAGGGGUCACUCAUCGAAGAUUACCAAGCAUAUGCAUUUUCGUUGAUAAGCGCGUUGCUUUGGGUCUAAUUAAGAACCUGUGUGGUUUGCGUUAAAAAAAAACAAAAAACUAACGAAAGAAUGCUUAAAAUAGUUUGAGCCGUUAGUACAGUAUUACUCAAACAAAUGUUGGCCAAGUUCACUUCACACUUAAUCUUUAAUUUCCCCAGUCUAUCCCUACUGAUGAAACUGUUCUUUGAGCAAAUGACUGUUUUCUAAGAUUACAUCAGGUAUUGUGCUGCAAGCCUGUGCCUGUCAUCUGUUGUGACCAGAGAUCUAGUUCUGAUAUUAGCACUGAGUGGUUUGUAAGAUAUUUUCUACUAUAAAGUGAACAGUAUAUUGAAAGAGAAUAAACCAUUUUUAUUUAAACAUUUGUGUUGGGAUAGUCACUUCAUCUUGAUAGUGAGGAAAUAAGACUAUUUGGGAAGUAUUCUAUUUAAAAACAAAGAAAAAAAGUUUUUUUUUUGCAAAUCUUUAAAGACAUCAUGUGCAGUCUUGAAACUUCUCCCAAGAGCCACUCCCUGGUCUAACCCUAAGAAAUGCCCCAAAUUCAUUUACACACGUCCAUGGUGGCUUGCAAAGGUUGCUACAUUGCUAUUAUUCCUAUUUAAUGUUGGCCUAAACAUGACAAGUUACCAGUUCAAUUUAUGUUCUAUAUUUGGAAUGUACAAUCAGUUAAAACAUAAGCCAACUCUUGGGUUAUAAAGUGACCCAAAAACUUUUUUUUUAAUCACUCAAAAAUCGACCUUUAAAUAACCAUACCUCAGAAAGUGCCCUGAAAACAAACAAAACACUUCACUUAUGCAGAAUAACUGUUACAGAUAAACACCAGGCUUUCCUUAGAUUUUUGAAAAAUCUAUGUUAAAUAUGUUGUAAAAAACACACGCUACAUAACAGUGUUAGCUUAUUUACAGCAGGAGAUGAAAGAAAAAAAAAAAAAAAAUUAUGUAGCAGAUAUUUAUUAAAUACACAGUACAUUCAAGUUCAUGGAAAUCAAUCAAUCACCUUUGUCGUUACCCAAUACUAGGCAACGAGAUGUAAUUAACAGGCUAAAUUUGCCCAAGAAACAUAAAAAACAAUGACUAACAGUGCGUACAGGCUUGUCGGCAUUAGACAUUACGGCGCUCCAAGAUCUUAGAUGGAGAGAGAACACAAGGGAGGAGGGGGAGAAAGAAAGUUGGGGCUCAAUUUACACACUCCUUGAUUGAAGGUAAUUUGAGUCUAGAAAAAACCCUCAGCGCAAACAUGAAACCGAUCAAAAUUCAUCAGGUCUGGCUGCGAUACCACCCCAACCUGGUCCUGGUUUACCUGCCAGAAUGUGUCCGAGGAAUGUUUGAACCAAAAUUAGUUAACCUGAGAUACAUGCAAUUCAAAGUGUCAUUAACAGUAGAAAGUAGCAAGAAAACACAAGAGGAGAAAGCCAUCGAGGUAAGUCAAAUGAUAGUCCCGUGGCACGUUCACUCAUGAUGGACCAACGGCU